CAGCUCCGAUCUGCUCAUCACCAACACCAGGAGGAGCUGAACCGAACCAAGAGAGACUGUGAGAGAGAGAUACGCCGACUGAUGGAUGAGAUAAAGCUGAAGGACAGAGCGGUCAGUGUUUUGGAUAAAGCCCUCGGCCUUCAGGCUGGCCACGCCCACCGCCUCCAGCUGCAGACUCAGGCUGCAGAGCAGCAAAUCGCAGUCCUGAGAGAUGCCCAGAGGGCGGGGCUUACCCCUCCUGGCCAAGGCCCUAACCCCGCCCCUAACACUUCUGCUCACAUUACUCAGGAGGAUCGGGACACUCGCAGGUUUCAGCUGAAGAUCGCUGAGCUCAGUUCGGUCGUCAGGAAGUUGGAGGAUCGAAACGCUCUGCUGUCUGAAGAACGCAACGAGCUGCUGAAGCGCCUGCGGGAGGCGGAGUCCCAGUUUCUUCCUCUCCUCGAUAAAAACAAGCGCCUGAGCCGGAAGAACGAGGAGCUCGCUCUCGCUCUGCGUCGCCUCGACAACAAGCUCCGCUUCGUCACCCAGGAGAACAUGGAGAUGGUAACUAUGAGGAGGCCGAGCUCUCUGAACGACCUGGAUCGCAGCCACUCCUCCAGUUACCAUGGUUACAGCCAGGACGACAGCGAGAUGGAGUUUCUGCGCUUACAAGUCCUGGAGCAGCAACACAUCAUCGAAGACCUUUCCAAGGCUCUUGAGACGGCCGGUUAUGUGAAGAAUGUUAUUGAGAGAGACAUGUUGUUGAGAUACAGACGGCAGGACUCUGUGAGGAGGAAACGAACCAUCAGAGCCUGCAGGGUUAUUGAGACGUUCUAUGGUUAUGAUGAGGAAGCCUCGAUGGACUCUGAUGGAUCGUCUCUUUCAUUUCACACGGACAGAACUCCAGAUACUGAACCGGAGGAGGUGUGUGUGCGUGAGGACGGGGAGCUCCGUUACCGCCAGUUGACUCAGGAGUAUCAGGCACUGCAGCGAGCGUACGCCCUGCUGACGGAGACGAGCGGAGGGAACUACGACCCCGAGAAGGAGAUCAAAACCAGAGAGCAGCUGCUGAGUGAAAUCAGUCGAUAUGAGUGCAGAGUUGUAGAUUUGGAGUCAGCUCUGAAACAACAAGGACUGGAUGUGAAGUGGGUGGAGGAGAAGCAGGCGCUGUAUCAGAGGAAUCAGGAGCUGGUGGAGAAGGUGCGUCAGAUGGAAGGUGAAGACCUGCGUCUGAAAAAUGACAUUCAGGAUGUCAGAGAUCAGAACGAGCUGCUGGAGUUUCGUAUUUUAGAGCUUGAGGAGCGGGAGAGACGCUCACCUGCCAUUAGCUUCAAUCAUUACCUUUUCCCAGAAGGCCUCAGUCCUCUGCAGAUCUACUGCGAGGCCGAGGGAGUCACUGAGAUUGUGAUCAGUGAGCUGAUGAAGAAGCUCGACAUUCUGGGAGAUAACGCCAAUCUGUCCAAUGAGGAGCAGGUGGUGGUGAUUCAUGCCAGAACUGUGCUCACUCUGGCAGAGAAGUGGUUGGAGUCCAUUGAGGUGACCAAGUCGGCUCUGCAGCAGAAGAUGUUGGACAUCGAGAGUGAGAAGGACCGCUUCAGCAAACAGAAGGGUUACCUGGACGAGGAGCUGGACUAUAGGAAGCAGUCGAUGGAUCAGGCACACAAGAGGAUCCUGGAGCUGGAGGCCAUGCUGUUUGAAGCUCUGCAGCAGGAGGAGGGGCUUAAGAUGGAGGAGGGUCGUCUGUCGGAAACGCUGACGGAGGAUGAGAGGGAGGGGCUUAGGAGAGCAAUGGACCAAUGGAAACGAACGUUGAUGUUUGAGCUGAGAGAGAGAGACGCCCAGAUCCUCCGAGAGAGGAUGGACCUACUGCAACUCAUGCAACAGAGGAACAAGGACCUGGAGGAGUUUAUUGAAGCACAGAAGCGACAGAUUAAAGAGCUGGAGGAGAAGUUUCUGUUCCUGUUUUUAUUUUUCUCUUUGGCAUUCAUCCUGUGGUCCUAACAACAGCAGAGUCCACAGGCCUCCACAGUCCAGCGGCUGAAAUCCCGGCGCUCCGGCUCCUUCAGGAUCAGACCAAAGGAUCACAGGACUUAGAAGGUUUCAGGGUUAAAAAAACCAGCAGCGGACUGACCUAUGACCCACCUCUGGCUGCUGUCGGCCGACUCUGGAAGUUCACCGUCACAGAAGUAGAAUGAAGACCAGAGAGUGGUUUCCAUGGCAACACAACAGAUGACCGUUGUCUUUGAGAGAAGCGAAGACUGUACCUUGGUACCAUGCUAACUAGCCCGUUAGCUACUUUUAGCUGCUCCUGAGAUGUAGCCGACAAACACGUCGUGGCCUGCUGGGCUAAAAUGGUGCUAACUUCACACAGCGUCAGCUCGGCUAGCUUGUGUUUUAUCAAUGCUAGCUAAGUUAGCUGAGUUUGCACAGUCGACUCCGCUGGUGGACUUCAGUGUUGAAGCGGUGUAAAUGGAUAAACUGACUCGUUUGAGCUGGAGGGACAGUUUGGUUGAAACAUCAGAAUCUGGUUUUCUCCUUCUUGUCUGCUCGGGGAUAAGUUCAGAUCAACUUAACUUAAAUCCGAUUGGCUGUAGAGAGCUCCAGCUGUACUCAUGGACCUACGGUUACCAUUAGUAACCACGAUGUAACUGAAUCAUCCCGGGGACCAAAAAGUGACCAAGGGCCGAUGUCUUCAUUAGGAGGUGUGAUGGAGGUCAGAGGUCAGAGCUGCUACAAGAAAAGGCACCGUCGAGACAAAGCAUGAAGUUUGAUUUUAAAAAGUCUGAAACUGUUUUAAACCCGGUUCAGUUUUUUUUUUACCUGGUUUAUUUCUUAACCUGGUUUUACUAUCCCGAGACCUAAACUGGAGCAGAUCAGAACGAGGAGAGAUUUCACAGGAAGGUUCGUCAGCAACAAAACAAAACCUUUACAUAUAUUAUAUCAUAGUAUAUUAUAUUAUAUUAUAUUAUAUGAGCACUCUUUAUUGUCCUCACUGGAGUGGAUAAGAGUAAAUGUGGAGUAAAGAGAAAGUGUUUGAUUUUGUCUGUGUGGAUUUCUUUCCCUGUCGGUGUUAAAACUGAAGCAGCUUCAGAAAAACCCGAUGAAUCCGUUGACGUUUUAAAAACUGUUGUUAUUUUAUUAUUCAGAUGAUAUUUUUCUAUCUGCUGCGAGUCUGUGUCAGUGAACAUCUGAAGAGUCGACACUUCGAUUACAGAUUAAAAAUGGUGGAAAUGA